AAAAACUCUUACCUUUCUCUCUGACUGAGUCUUUGAUGUUACCGAUUCGAUCUUCAAAUCACUUCCGAUGCAUUUCUCCUCUCUCUACUAAAACCCUAAUUUCUCGAUUCUCCUCCGUACUGACACCUUCCAAUCACAAAGCUUCCUCAUUUCCCCUCCACAGAGCCAUGUCUUCCUCUCGCCCCUCUGCAUUCGACGCUCUCAUGUCCAACGCUCGCGCUUCCGCCAAGAAGAAGACUCCCCAGGCUUCGAAUUCGCCGAACAAAAGGAAAACCCAAGACGCCGAUUCGCCAAAGGCUCCACCUUUAUCCGAUUCCGAGAAACCCAAUUCGAUUGCGAAAAAGUCUAGACCUUUGACUCAUACGGAUAAAGUCAACGACUUUAAGAGCAAGAUCGCGUUGCUGAAGAGGAAGCCAGGCGAAUUCGAUCCUGAGAGAGUGUCGUGUUGGGAGAGAGGGGAGAGAGUUCCGUUUCUGUUUGUUGCGUUGGCGUUUGAUUUGAUUUCGGAUGAGAGUGGGAGGAUUGUGAUUACUGAUAUUCUGUGUAAUAUGUUGAGGACUGUUAUUGCUACUACUCCUGAUGAUUUGGUGGCUACUGUUUAUCUUGCGGCGAAUGAGAUUGCUCCUGCGCAUGAAGGGGUGGAGUUGGGGAUUGGUGAAGGGUCUAUUAUUAAGGCUAUCUCUGAAGCUUUUGGUAGAACUGAGGCGCAGGUUAAGAAGCUCAAUACGGAACUAGGAGACUUGGGGCUUGUAGCAAAAGGAAGCCGUUCGUCUCAGACUAUGAUGUUCAAGCCAGAACCAUUGACUGUUGUCAAGGUUUUCAAUACAUUUCGACAAAUUGCUAAGGAAAGUGGAAAAGAUAGUACAGAGAAGAAGAAGGAUCGAAUGAAGGCACUUCUUGUGGCAGCAACAGACUGUGAACCUCUCUACUUAACUCGUUUACUUCAGGCAAAAUUGCGGUUAGGGUUCUCAAAUCAGACUGUCUUAGCUGCGUUGGGACAAGCAGCUGUAUAUAAUGAAGAGCACUCAAAGCCACCCCCAAAAACCAAGUCUCCUUUAGAAGAGGCUGCGAAGAUCGUUAAACAAGUAUUCACUGUACUUCCUGUGUAUGACAUUAUUAUUCCUGCUCUUCUCACCGGUGGCGUGUGGAAUCUUUCUAAAACUUGUAACUUCACACUUGGUGUUCCUAUUGGACCCAUGCUUGCAAAACCAACAAAAGGUGUAGGCGAGAUACUGAAUAAAUUCCAGGACACAGUUUUCACAUGCGAAUACAAAUAUGAUGGAGAACGUGCACAGGUACAUUGUAUGGAGGAUGGUACAUUCGAGAUAUAUAGUCGAAAUGCUGAAAGGAACACUGGGAAGUAUCCUGAUGUUGCUCUUGCGUUAUCGAGAUUAAAGAAGCCCUCUGUGAAAUCUUUUAUUCUGGAUUGUGAGGUUGUUGCUUUCGACAGGGAGAAAAAGAAGAUUCUUCCAUUUCAGAUUUUGAGCACUCGAGCCCGUAAAAAUGUGAAUGUGAAUGAUAUCAAAGUUGGCGUAUGCAUCUUUGCGUUUGACAUGUUAUAUCUAAAUGGCCAGCAACUUAUCCAGGAGAAUCUUGAUAUUCGCCGAGAGAAGCUAUAUGAAUCUUUUGAAGAAGAUCCUGGAUAUUUCCAGUUUGCAACUGCUCUAACAUCCAGCGAUAUUGAUGAAAUCCAAAAGUUUCUUGACGCUUCUGUUGACAUUGGAUGUGAAGGUUUAAUCAUUAAAACAUUGAAUUCAGAUGCUACCUAUGAGCCUGCAAAGCGAUCCAAUAAUUGGCUAAAACUGAAGAAAGACUAUAUGGACAGCAUUGGGGACUCUGUGGAUCUUGUACCAAUUGCUGCUUUCCAUGGACGUGGCAAACGCACAGGUGUCUUCGGUGCAUUCUUACUAGCUUGCUACGAUGCUGAUAAGGAAGAGUUCCAGAGCAUUUGUAAAAUAGGUACUGGAUUUUCUGAAGCUGUGCUUGAAGAGCGGUCUACCAGUCUUCGGUCCAGAGUGAUUGCUACUCCAAAACAAUACUACCGAGUUGGAGACAGCCUCAAUCCAGAUGUUUGGUUUGAGCCCACUGAGGUUUGGGAAGUGAAGGCAGCUGACUUGACAAUUAGCCCUGUACAUCGUGCAGCUAAUGGAAUUGUGGACCCUGAUAAGGGAAUUUCUCUACGUUUUCCUCGUCUACUCCGUGUACGGGAAGACAAGAAGCCAGAGGACGCAACAUCAUCUGAACAGAUUGCUGAUAUGUACCAAGCUCAAAAACACAACCAUCCAAGCAAUGAAGGCAAAGGUGAAGAUGAUUGAGCAACUGUAAUCUGGUCAUGGAGCUAUAUUUCCUUGUAUGUACGCACAAAGUGUGUUUUGAGUUUUUAACCGUAUCUGCUAACUCUGAUGUUCAAGAACAGAAUCAAAUCAUCAUCUUUUCUUGAU